AUGAGGCCCGUUUUUCCAUUAUUUUUAGUCCUUUUUGGGCCAUGUCUUGCUGUAAAACCUGUGUGGAAGACACCAGUAUCUGAACCGAAUCCAAAUGCCAAUGUGGACGAGUUGAAAGGACAUUCGAACGUGGCAAAACGCGCUCAACCCAACUACUACACCCGUCCGGAGCAAGUCUCCAUUCCAGACUACCGCUCCCCUCGCCAGCGUCUCCCGUCUCCACCGAUCCACCAGAAAUACCAACAAGUGCCACCGCAUCAAAUCACGUCUGGAGGAAGUUUCCGACCAUUCGCUUGGGUUGGCCCUCAACCGAAAGCCGGCAGUCCGCAAACCAGUUACUAUGAGAAGGCGCCGAACAAGGGCCAAUUCCCGAAUGGAUUACCUCCAUUACCACCGAAUUGGCAGCAGUAUCCAGUGCAGAUGAUUUGGAUUCCUGACACGCCUGGACAGAGUACUGGGCCUUAUCCGUAUUAUCCGGGGCCGGCGCCAGUUGGGCCUGGACCAGUUGGGCCAUUAGUCUCAGUAUCCACAGGUAGUUAUGGAUUGUACGGGCCAACAGUGACAACAGAGGAGCCAAUGAAACCAUCAGCCUAUCCGGAGACCUAUACAGGCACCCUGGCUCAUAGUCCUGCUGUCAACCCAGUCACCUCCACUAUCCCAUACGAGCCUCCAAAUCCAUACGGCGGACGACAGACGGAAGUAUCCCCAUCGUCCACACCUUCUGAUUCUGGCACCUACCCCUCUGCUCCAACAUCCUAUCCAUCCACAGAAGACACCACAAACCCCUAUGAGCAAUCACGCUCCACUGGACAAAACUAUUCUUCUAGCAACAUCCCGACCGCUUCUGGAGGAGGACCAUCCACUUCCACCGGGAAGACUGUCAACCCAACAAUCCGUCCGGGACCACAAGAGCCAAGUGGUGGAGGAGGGACUACGGUUAAGACAAGACUUCCGUUGGAUGCAGAUGAGACUAGAGAUAACGAACCUGGAAGCAACGGCAGAAACUCUGAGAAAACUAAACCCACAAAAGCGACACCGAUUCCAACGAGACCAAAUUCUGGAAACUCUGGCAACACCCCAUCUACCAGAACUGGUGGAAUCCCUGCCACACCGUCGAGACCCCAGGACUCUCGUGACAAAGAAACCACUCUAUUCGAGAUGACCACCAACCCAUUCGGCGAAACCAUCGGUGGUAAGACCGUCCCACCAAUCUAUCUGGGAUCUGAUGAGGAGGACGAGACGCCGCCAGAGGAUAUCAGUAAGGUCACCGAGACUCCAGAAUCCUCGGAGCACACUCAGAUUCCUGGCUCGCCAGGGUCGCAGAGUACGCAAUCCACAAAAUCCCCAGAUUCAUCUGAAUCCGAAGACGACGACCGUGAGCGUGAAACGUCUUCUUCAGAAACCGCAACGCCAACACCACAAGAAGAGGAGGAUGAGAUGAUGAAGAACUUCUUCCCGCGACCAGUCAGUUCCCAAGCCUACCAGCCGCCAGGACACCAGCCAGAAGAUUUCACAAGUCACAUCAAUGUGAACUUUAAGAAGCCGAAAGGAAAAGGAGGUUGUGUGACGCCGCCUUGUAGAGGUGUGGACACGGAUAAGAUCUCGCUCUACAAACCAGACCGUGACAAUGAGGGUUCUGGGCCCACGCUAGUCAUUAGCAACGCCGCAAAAGAUGACGCUUCUCGAGCCGGCUACAAACCUGCUCCACCACCUGUCAACCCGUACAUCCCACCUCCACCGCCUCCACACCCUGAAGAAGAAUACGCCACCCCGUAUACAGUACCACCUGGCAAGCAACCGUUCCCACCAUUCGGAGGACCCGCGACCCCACCAAGAGCCUUGAUUCCAGUUCACAACUUCCCGCCGCCAAGUACAUUCCCACCAGAUGAGGACUAUCAUGAGACUACGGCUGACACGAUUCACCCGACCGCUCAAACCAUUGCCACUCGCUUCGUCGCUCCCACAACCACUACCACCCCGCGACCAGUCGAAUCCACGACGACCGAGGAAGACACUCCAGAAUAUGUGCCGCCCGCGAUAGUCCAUAUGACAGCUUCCACGCCACGUGACAAGAACCCACCAACUUACGUGCCACUUCAUCCGGAGACGUCGGCAUCAACACAGAAUCCAACGACACCGAGAGAGACAGGAGAGACGCAGACGCCCGCUUCAAUCACCAGACAGCCAGAAUUCCCGUCUAGAGCGACACCGCCGGUCGGAGGGAACUUCCAACCUGGAUCGACUACUUCAGUGUCUAAUCCAACUACGAAUGGAUUUAUCACAGAAGUCUACACGGAUCGGGAGAGAACGGAUUCCGGGGAGUCGUAUUCCACAAGUACACCGUCUUCGUCAAAUUCUGAACCACCGUCUUCUGGAGCGUUCUCCACGUCUUCCUCACCGCCGGCUCCAACUACUACUGGCGGAUGGAUUUACACGACGAUCGAAUCUUCUUCAACAACGACCCCUGAAUCUGAGUACUCGACGGCAUCAAUCCCAUCUGAGUUCCCAACUUUAUCAACGGAGAGAUUCACGCCCUCGGAUUCAACACCUCCGACUUCUGGACCAACGACUCCAGAAGUCUCUACUAAUCGCUUCACUCCUUCUUCUGGGAGAUCCUCGGAGUCCACCACGCCGUCUUCUGGAAUAUUCUCUACUACCCCAGACCAAUUUGAAACUGUUACCUCCACGGAUCGCUUCAGACCAUCUGAAUUCGCAACGUCGUCGCCAACGCCUCCAACUCCACAAACUCCACAAGUCGUCACCGCCAGCUUUCCGCCGAGUGAAGCCUCCUCCCCAGGAAUCCUUCCGAACACCAAUCCGCCACGUGGAAACCCGUAUGCCCCUCCAGAAGGAGCACCAAGAGUUCCCAAUCGUCUUAUUGGAAAGCCGAGAAUUUUGUGUCUGGAAGAUGGUAUCAGUUUCGAGGUCAAAACAAUCCUGCCAUUGUCAGGAGAGGUUUUUGCAAACGAUCGGAAGAGGAUUCCAGAGUGCCAAAAAACGUUCACCGAGGAUGCCAAGCCAAAACUUUUCCUUCCAUUCUCCACGUGUGGCGUCAAAAAUGUUGGAGAACAAGUGGACAGUCGUGCUCAAUACCACAUGCAGGUGGUGCUCAUCAUCGACCAAGGAAACGGAACUAACACUCUUCAAUCGUUCAUGGCUCAGUGUGUACACCAGAAAGUGAAUUAUAAUAAGCAAGUGCUACCAAAGAGAAUAGAGGAGGCGUUGGAGGAGUUGCGUCUUGUCCCAUCCAAACUAGAACAGAAGGCUUCCAUGCCAAGUGUCCAAAUGCAAAUUGUGGUUGACGAGGGACACCAUAAGCUAGGUGCCGAGGUCAGUGCAGCCGACAUCGGUAUGCCAUUAGCUCUCAAAUGGAGUAUGGUUCCGGAGUCUGACGCCUAUGGAAUGCACAUUCGGAACUGUAAAGUGGUGGAUGCAGUUGGAAAGAUUGAUCACACGCUGAUUGAUGAGCAAGGUUGCUCCGCUGAUCUUCAGAUCAUAGACCACCCUCACUAUGACACUUAUCACGACACGGCGUCAGCUCACAUGUGGGCUUUCAAGGUACCAGAUAUGUCAUCGCUGCAGAUUAAAUGUGACAUUUUCAUAUGCUCGAAUAUCAAAUCGUCAGUCACUAACACAACGAGCUGUGAGGAUAUUCCAUCGCCCCCAUUUUGCGCGGAUGUCGUAACAUCACCUCCCAACUCUAUCUUAUCCGACGCUUCUUCCUUCAUCAAACACCGACGUGCUUCAGUGACGUCUUCUGAAGUUUCCACGUCCACUCAGUCAGUGAGGACGUCGAUUUGUUUAUCGAAGACGUGUCGGCCAGAUUUUUCAGAAGAAGUAAGAAUCUGUGUGAACACCCAACUGGCCACAACUUCUACUGGAUUAUCAGUAGCAUUCUUGUUGUUCGCAAUUUCUUUUCAGAUUAUCGCAAGGACGAAACGACCGUAA